AACUUGGAAGUGCUGUGGUGACACGAGGGGAUGAAUGUGGUCUGGCACUGGGGCGACUGGCAUCUAUUGUUGAGCAGGUGUCGGUGCUCCAGACCCAAGGCCGAGAGAUGAUGCUGGUCACCAGCGGGGCGGUCGCCUUCGGGAAGCAGCGGCUGCGCCAGGAAAUCCUCCUGUCCCAGAGUGUGCGGCAAGCCCUCCAUACAGGGCAGAACCAGCUCAAAGAGAUGGCGAUUCCCGUCUUAGAGGCGCGGGCCUGCGCAGCGGCCGGGCAGAGCGGGCUGAUGGCCCUGUACGAGGCCAUGUUUUCCCAGUACAGCAUCUGCGUUGCUCAGAUUUUAGUGACCAACUUAGAUUUUCACGAUGAGCAGAAGCGCCGGAACCUCAACGAGACACUCAGUGAGCUCCUACGAAUGAACAUUGUUCCGAUUGUCAACACAAACGAUGCCGUUGUCCCCCCAGCUGAGCCCAAUAGUGACUUGCAGGGGGUAAAUGUCAUUAGUGUUAAAGAUAAUGACAGCUUGGCUGCCCGUCUGGCUGUGGAAAUGAAAACUGAUCUCUUGAUUCUCCUUUCCGAUGUAGAAGGUCUUUUUGACAGACCGCCAGGAUCAGAUGAUUCCAAACUCAUUGAUAUAUUUUACCCUGGAGACCAGCAGUCUGUGACAUUUGGAACCAAGUCUAGAGUGGGACUGGGUGGCAUGGAGGCCAAGGUGAAGGCUGCCCUUUGGGCUCUCCAGGGUGGAACGUCUGUUGUGAUUGCUAAUGGAAGCCAUCCUAAGGUCUCAGGCCAUGUCAUUACAGAUGUUGUAGAGGGGAAAAAAGUUGGCACUUUCUUUUCAGAAGUGAAACCUGCAGGUCCUACUGUUGAACAACAGGGAGAGAUGGCUCGAUCUGGAGGAAGGACUUUGGCCACUUUGGAACCAGAGAAGAGAGCAGAGAUUAUCAACCAUCUCGCUGACCUCCUGACUGACCAGCGGGAAGAGAUCCUGUUGGCCAACAAAGAAGACUUGGAGGAGGCGGAGGAGCAAGGUCGUCUAGCAGCCCCUCUGCUAAAACGAUUGAGCUUGUCUACAUCUAAAUUGAAUAGUUUGGCCAUUGGAUUACGUCAGAUUGCUGCUUCCUCAAAGGACAGUGUUGGGCAAGUGUUGCGCCGGAUAAGACUUGCAAAAGAUUUGGAACUGGAGCAAGUUACGGUCCCCAUUGGAGUCCUUUUGGUGAUUUUUGAGUCCCGCCCUGAUUGUCUGCCCCAGGUAGCUGCUUUGGCUAUUGCAAGUGGCAAUGGCUUGCUUCUGAAAGGAGGAAAAGAGGCAACCAACAGCAACCGAUUACUGCAUCAGCUAACACAGGAGGCGCUCUCCCUCUACGGUGUUAAAGAUGCAGUGCAGCUGGUGAAUACAAGAGAAGACGUUGAUAACCUUUGCCGGCUAGAUAAACUGAUUGACCUGAUCAUUCCACGUGGCUCCUCUCAGCUGGUCAGACAUAUUCAGAAAGCUGCCAAAGGCAUACCAGUGCUGGGUCACAGUGAAGGAAUCUGCCACAUGUAUAUAGAUGCAGACGCUUGUCCCGAUAAGGUUACCAGACUAGUGAGAGACUCUAAAUGUGAAUAUCCGGCUGCCUGCAAUGCACUGGAAACUCUGUUAAUCCAUCGAGAUCUGCUGAGAACACCAUUGUUUGAUAUGGUCAUUGACAUGCUGAGAGUAGAGCAGGUGAAAAUUCAUGCAGGUCCCAAGUUUGCCUCCUAUUUGACUUUCAGCCCAUGUGAAGUUAAGUCUCUUCGAAUAGAGUAUGGAGACCUGGAAUGUUGUAUUGAAGUGGUGGACAGCGUACAGGAAGCCAUUGACCAUAUCCACAAAUAUGGCAGCUCCCACACAGAUGCUAUCGUUACAGAGAAUGAGGAAACAGCAGAGUAUUUCCUUCAGCACGUGGACAGCGCUUGUGUGUUCUGGAAUGCGAGCACCCGCUUCUCAGAUGGCUACCGCUUUGGCCUGGGAGCUGAAGUAGGAAUCAGCACUUCUCGAAUCCAUGCCCGGGGACCAGUAGGAAUUGAAGGAUUAUUAACUACUAAGUGGUUACUUAGGGGACGAGAACAUGUUGUAUCUGAUUUCUCAGAGAAUGGACCUUUAAAAUAUAUUCAUGAAAACCUUCCCAUCUCUCACAGAAACAACAGCUGAGAGCACGCUGGAACGUAUGGGGGGCAUGUUCCAAGCUCAUUUCACUAUUAAAACUCCGGUGAUCACACAGGACUUUGUCUCCAAUUCUUGGGUGAUUUUUUUGCUGUUUUGAGGUAUACCUGGAAGCUUUUGGGUUGUUUUGACCUGUGCAGUAGAAGAUGAGAUGUGUCUGCUAAUCCACACACUCCAGGUUGCCAGUUAGGAAAGCAAGUUGUCACAGAUAGGACUUUCUUUUUCCCAAAUUCAUUUCUUUUAACAUAAUGCAAAUCAGUACUGAUUAUCCUUAGAGAGAGAAGAAAAUGGACGGUUGGUUUCCUCUUUUUUGCCUUUUUAUCACCUCAGUGAGGUAAAGACUCCCCUUGGACAUUUUUUUCAGUACUGUAGCCUGAUAUUCUUGACAGUCUUAAUCUCAUUCCCUACAUUGUCAUGAUUUUACUAGAAAAGAGGAAAUGUUUGAUACUCUAUAAAGACUUGUUUCUCUUCAACAUUUCAUUAGAAGAAUCAGAUAAAAAUUUGAGACUGGA